AGCGUUGCUGGCAACACGACUCUCGGAGAACAUGGCGCCCGUCAGCAGGUCGCGUUGCGCUCGCACGGCAGCACAGCUGUUUUCUCGUCUUAUACCGCGGACUUGAAUGGAUACCCGCAGACAGCGACGUACCUUUUCGAGGCACCUCGUCUUCGCUUCGCACCGGUGACCCUGGCCGACUGAGAGGGGGCGGUGCAUGACUUCACCCUGAGGAGACCAACAGCUAUUCACAACGUGUCCCGAAACCAAAGCCAUGGGGAGGAAAAAAAUACAGAUAUCCAGGAUCACGGACGAGAGGAACCGGCAGGUGACGUUUACGAAGCGCAAGUUUGGCCUGAUGAAGAAGGCCUAUGAGCUGAGUGUGCUCUGUGACUGCGAGAUCGCCCUGAUCAUCUUCAACAGCACAAACAAGCUGUUCCAGUAUGCCAGCACCGACAUGGACAAAGUUCUGCUCAAGUACACAGAGUACAAUGAGCCUCACGAGAGUCGCACCAACAGCGACAUCGUCGAGAAAUUGCGCCACCAACGCCUGGAUGGCGGCAGUCAGGCACUGAGCAAGAAGGAACACAAGAAUUCCACAAAUGGCUGUGACAGCCCAGAGCCAGAUGCCGACCAGUACUCACUGACACCUCGGUCAGAAGCCAAGUACAGCAAAAUCAAUGAGGAGUUUGAAUUGAUGAUGCAGCGCAGUGCUCAACUGAAUGGGUCUCGAGGCCAGCCUUCCAUGAGCCAAGGCAUGAGCUCCCUCGCUGGCUAUGCGUCCCAGGAGGGUCUUAUGCAGCCUUCUCCCCAGAUGACUCACUCUAGUGUCAGCCCCCGCCCGAGCUCCUCAGGGGGUGCCUUGCUGGACAUGAAUGGUGUGAGCUCCAAUGGCUACCACCGGUCCACGUCGCCGUCAGCCAACCUGGCCAGCUGCAGUUCCCCUGCGGGCAAGGGUUCCAAGGGAGCCUCGCCCAGCCGCUCGUCUUCUUCUGCUGCUGGACUGCGUGUCGUCCUCCCAGGAUCUCCUUCCCCUACAGGACAGCUGCAUGACCCGUCGCACCUGUUCCUUCAGCAGUCAAUGGUUCGGACAUCCAAUGCUUCGCUCACAACCCCAGUUGUCUCAGUGACGGCGCCGGGGAUGCCUGGCAUGUCAGCGUAUCCGUCCUCUCUAGCAGCUGGCUUUCCUCCAUCGGACUUCCAGCUAAACCCCGAACUUGGCCUUACGGGUUUCAACUCUCCAGGCCUGAUGCAUAACUGGUCAACUCAAGGUCCCCUGGCCAAUGCUGCUGUGCCUUCCGGGGCCAUGCAGGCACACUCCAGCGGGAGCCCCAGUGUGCUUGGCAGCCACUUGUCUCUAGGAAAUGCGACACCACCACCUGCAUCGUCUCCUUUGCCCAUCCGGAUCAAAAGCGAACCCAUUUCACCACCGCGUGGCGGUGGAGGAGAAGGUCUGCACGGAGGAGGCACCAACGCCCGACCUCCGUCCGGCCACUUGUCACCACCUGGGCAGCCUCCACUCACCCCUUCCACAUCUUCCUCGCCGGACCCGACAGGCGACUACGACGGUGCCAAGCGCCCACGCCUCUCGGCCGACGGCUGGCCGACGUAAGCCGACCGGAGCCAAGGCCGGUCCCCCGCAGUGGGGGUUUGUCCUCCUGCUCCUCCCUGAGUCUACUUGCGAGUGUGCCGUGUGUUUAUUUCUUCCCUCUCUUGCUGACUGUGUGGCGUGCAAGCAGGGUCAUCCUCCCGCCACGCACGGGAGAAAGGCUGUGCGCGCUGCUUCCCUGCAAUGUUUUUUUUUUCCUUCGUGCCCACCCCCUCCAAGGUUUACAGGGAGCAGCAAAAGUCGCAGCUCCGGUUGGCGACCAGGAAAAACGCCAUUUGGGCUUUCCUUCUUUGUCGUCGGCGUCAGUGAUGAAGACCGAAAGCGUGUACAUAGGAUUGGCGCGGCUGUGCCCGCCGUUCUGGCCUUUUUUCGACUUUUCGUCGAGGCUAGUUACUUGGCGGCUCCACCUGCCAGAGUAAAAGACGCACCUCUGGAUGUCUUUCUCUCUCUCUUCUUGUUUCUUUCUUUUUCCCCUGCUGCACCUGUGGCACUCAUUAGAUAGAGUGAAAAAAAAAAAUGUGUGGGUAGGUGAUUUACUACUACACAAAAAGGCGUCAGCAACAAUCUUAAACACGUGCGAGGCACAACUUCUUGAGAGCUCCACCGUUGUUCUACUCGUUGACGGGCGCGACGCUCGCGUCAUUGCCACCAAGCCAGGAGCAUUUCUCUUUUUCUGGAGGAAGUACAAGCUUGCCCUCGAGGCCUGCACUGCUGAGAGAGAGAAAACAUUGCCAUGGGAUUGAACCAGGGCCGAACAAACGCCCGUUAUGGCCUACUCAGUCAGAUCCAGAGCCAAGGGAGGCGCCGUGUAGAGGGUACACGCAGUGAGAUAGAGCUAGUGACUAGCACAAACCCCUCCCCAAGGCAGUGAGUGCAGCCAAACAUGGACCGUUUCUAGAGACAUGUGGUUUUUUUUUUCCAUACCAAAGUCAAGUUUGUUGAGAGGGCAAAGUGGCACCCGGUUUGUUGUCAAGCGGUGUUGUUACCGGUAGGAAGUAGUGCUGCCAGAUUGUUUUCUCUGGGCAGAAAAAAAAAAAGCAGCGCACCUUACACAGAAGAAACCGCAUGCACAUCCUGCCUGUUGUUUUAGAUAGAAAGAGCACGCGUUGUCAACAAGACCAUAUUUUUGGUAUCUGCCAGUCAAGCGCAUGGCAUGGCUUCCCCCUGCCUCCCCUGUUCCAAGUCUGUUCUUCACAACAAUGUCCUCGUGGUGCAAAUUGUGUGGUGAAACACCCGACAAGCAUGAAAUAUACACAAUACCACACUCCCACUUUUCCCUUCACUACUUGUUCGUGUGUUCCAAAAAAAGUGCAUGUGUUAUAGUGACUGUAGUGCUGUGUGCCUUUGGACAGGGGAAACAAAGAAAAAAAAACUUUUGAUGGUGAAGCCACAAAGAGGGGUGAACACUACCUAUCUACCAACCUUGUUUCUGUUGAGGUCUCAGUGUUUACACGCUGAAUAUAAAUAUUAUAUAUAUAAAUAUAUAUUAUACACACCACGCGUGCACACGCGUAUAAAGUAUAUUUCAUACGUGAUGCACCAGCUCAUGUCAGUUGUUUUCUUUCUUUUCUUCUUUUCCUCCAGCAGCUGUUAUGCGAGUCUCUUGCUCCUGCUUUUUGCUCCUAUUAACAUUGCACUAGAAAGCAUACCACAGCAUCGCUGUUUGAAGAAAAAAAAAAGAAUUAAAUGAGUGAAUUGAGCCUGAGUGAGGUCAAGUCUUCACUGCUUUUCUCGUCUCUCAUCCUUUUGUUGAGGUAUUCAGUUUCGGUGCUGUCAGCCGGCUUUAUUAAAUUUCUUUAUGCUACUUUACCAUUCACUUUUUUUCAUAGCUGCUACUUUAGAAAGUUGCCAUGUGUCAAAGAAAGUCUGAGAGAAAUUAAUUUUUAUCAACCUUGCUGCAUUUGUAGAAGCUAGCACACACACAUACACACUCUCUCUCGCAACACUGUAAUCUUCCCAGCACUGGUCUCUCACAUGCCCUAAAUACAUGCACACAUCUCGUUAGGAAGGUUAGUAACAGUUUUUUUCUUGGAACACAAAGGGAAAAGGAACUAGAAAAAAAAAUACAAAAAAAGACAAAAACAUCAACUGUCUGCCGCCGAUGACAGACUAAGCAUUUUGACCCCUGCUCCAAUGUACGGGGAACCCAUUGGCAUGCUUCCAUGCACACACAAGAUUAUGUCUACACACACAGAAAAUUUCUUGUUUGUUUGUUUUCACUGUACACGGACGAUGCCUUACCAGAAACUGUACAAGGAUGGGCGAGCGUAGGGAGCCACAAAUGCUUGUUGUAGACGUUGCGACAAACUGAGUUUUAAGAAAAAAAGCAAAAACACUUGGUAAUUGUGACUUGUUAGUUGUAGGUUAGUUUCUCUUGCCUCUCCCUUGACUGUUGCUGCCAUCUGCUGCUAGUUUAAGUUAUCUCGAGGGCCUUGUCAAAAAGGAAAAAAAUGAUGUUACGAAAGAAGAUGUCUCGCAGAUGUUAUAACGUAAAGAUAAAGGAGCUGCUUGCGUUCUCUGACUCCUUGUUGCUUUGAGUCUUGAUGAGAUGAGGAGCAAUGUUUCAGCAGCUCGUGCCGUUCACCUCUUGUGACGGAGGCCUGUUUAACUUAUUUGUCCUUGGAAGCUGUACUUUCUAGAAGUGCACAGGGUGUGUCGGGAAAAGGCUGGCAUGAUGACCCCGUAACCUUGGGGCUGUCUUGUAAAAAUUGUUUUUUUCGCUCAUUUUUUUUACACCCCCUGUGUUUACGUGUGCGCGUAAUAUGUGUGCACCUGGUGAAUUGUCCCAUGGCCUAUUCUUGUCUUUUUUUUUUGCAUUUGUAUCUAGCAAAUGAGUUAAUAUAUUAUUGCAGUGUUCUUAUACAUUUUCUAGUGCAUCCUUUGCCCUUGUUUUUCUUCCCACCCACCCUUUUGUUGUGAUGACGAUGAUAAUUACUCGUUUUUGUCAUAAAACGCAAAACAGUGUUCAUUUCUUGUCAUCUUUUUCCCCCCCGUAUACCGCUGUGUUGCUCCUUCUUUCCCCCUCCUCUUGCUUGUGUAAAGGACGCAUGUUAUCUUCGCGUUUUCACAGAUAAUAUAUUACAUGUGUGUGU